GCUCCGCGGGUGGCAUGGCUUCCCGGCUCUGUGAGCUCCCGUACGGCUAGAGAGGGCUGUCUCCCCGUGCCCGCGCGUGCGGAGGUCCGAGAGUCCGUUCCUCCGGCUCUUAGGGCUCGGGCUCUGAGGAGGAUGGAUUCAUCUGUGGAUGUGUGGGACCUCACUUCUCCUUUGCUAUCAUUGUGGAUAAACCGCUUUUACAUUUACUUGGGCUUUGCUUUGGGCAUUAGCCUUUGGAUUUGUGUCCAGAUUAUCCUCAAGAAGCAGGCCAAGAACUCACAGGAGAAAUGUAUUCCAAAAGGAACUCAGGAUUUGAUGAUGAAAGGUUCGCUCUCUCUUCAAAAGAAGCAGGUCUUUGUGUCUGGAGUGAAGAUUUUCUAUGGCUCCCAGACUGGCACAGCAAAGGGAUUUGCUGCAAGUCUUUCCAAAGCCGUUACUGCCCUAGACCUGCCGGUAACAGUUGUUAAUCUAAAGGAUUAUGAUCCAGAUGAUCGCCUGGCAGGGGAGGCCACCAGUAAGGGUGUGUGUGUCUUUCUACUUGCCACGUACACGGAUGGCCGGCCCACCGAGAGCGCACAGUGGUUCUGCAAAUGGCUCCAGGAAGCAGCCCAUGAUUUUCGAUAUGGCAAAACUUACCUGGAGGGGAUGAGAUAUGCUGUGUUUGGCUUGGGAAACUCUGCCUAUCUGAGCCACUUCAACAAGGUUGGCAGAAGUGUUGACAAGUGGCUGUGGAUGCUGGGUGCGCAGCGUGUGCUGGCUCGGGGAGAGGGCGACUGUGAUGUGGUGAAGAGCAAACACGGUAGCAUCGAAGCUGACUUCAGAGCUUGGAAGGCCAAGUUCACCUCCCGGCUGCAGGCUCUUCGUAAAGGAGAGAAAAAGCCCUGCAGUGGGAACUGCAAGAGAGGCAAGUGCAAGUCCAAGCAGCAAGGCCCCGAGCAAACGGAGCUGGAGUCUCACCCUCAUGAGGGACUGCAUCACAGAGACACUGAGGAGGAGGAGCCCUGCGAGAGCAGCAGUGAGGAGGAAGAUGGCAGCAAUGGCCACCAGAGCCUGAAUUCUGUGGUUGAUGUUGAAGAUCUUGGCAAAAUUAUGGAUCACAUGAAGAAGGAAAAGAGAGAAAAGGACCAGCAGGAAGAGAAGAUGAGUCUGUUGAGAACAGGGAAGAAUGAAGAUGGAGAUGGAAGAGCCAUGAUAACACCUGCUCUCCGAGAUGCCCUUACAAAACAAGGUUAUCAGCUGAUUGGGAGCCACUCUGGGGUGAAGCUGUGCAGAUGGACAAAGGCGAUGCUUCGCGGGAGAGGUGGCUGUUAUAAACACACGUUCUAUGGCAUCGAGAGUCACCGCUGCAUGGAGCUCACCCCUAGCCUGGCCUGUGCAAACAAGUGUGUCUUCUGCUGGCGGCAUCACACCAACCCUGUGGGCACUGAAUGGCGGUGGAAGAUGGACCAGCCAGAGAUGAUCUUAAAGGAAGCCAUCGAAAGCCAUCAGCACAUGAUUAGGCAGUUUAAAGGAGUGCCGGGUGUCCAGGCAGAGCGCUUCCAGGAAGGGCUGGAGGUGAGGCACUGUGCACUGUCCCUGGUAGGGGAGCCCAUCAUGUACCCUGAAAUCAAUGCAUUCCUGGAGCUGCUCCACCAGUGUAAAAUCUCUAGCUUCCUUGUCACGAAUGCACAGUUCCCCAAGGAAAUCAGAAACCUGAAGCCAGUCACGCAGCUCUAUGUCAGCGUGGAUGCUAGCACCAAAGACAGCCUGAGGAAAAUUGACCGCCCACUCUUCAAGGAUUUCUGGCAGAGGUUCCUUGACAGCUUGAAAGCCUUAGCUGCCAAGGAGCAACGCACUGUCUACAGACUGACGCUGGUCAAGUCUUGGAACGUGGAUGAGCUCCAGGCUUAUGCCAGGCUUGUGUCCCUGGGGAACCCAGACUUCAUCGAGGUGAAGGGUGUCACCUACUGUGGAGAGAGCUCGGCCAGCAGCCUUACCAUGGCCAAUGUGCCCUGGCACGAGGAAGUGGUGCGCUUUGUUCAGGAGCUGGUGGAGCUGAUCCCCGACUACGAACUCGCCUGUGAGCACGAGCACUCCAACUGCCUGCUGAUAGCACACAGGAAGUUUAAGAUUGAUGGGGAAUGGUGGACGUGGAUUGAUUACGGACGCUUCCAGGAGCUCAUCCAGCGGUAUGAAGGCAGUGGUGGCUCAGAGACCUUUGGUGCAAAGGACUACAUGGCCCGGACUCCCUUCUGGGCACUGUUUGGUGCCCAGGAGCGAGGCUUUGAUCCCAGGGACACACGGCAUCAGAGGAAGAGCAGAUCGAAGGACGUUUCUGGAUGCUGAGCUUAUCUGACUUGAGGAUGCCAAAGGACACCAGCCAGACGUCCCGGGUGGUUCCUGGGCUCCAUCCCACAGCCUUUCCAAGGACACCUGUCACACUGCUUCUGCCCUGCAGAGACAGCAGCCAGCCUGUCACACCUUUCUACCAGAGCUCAGCUCUUCCUCAUUCUUAUAUCUGAGAAGAAUAUCAUCUGGAAUUUAACAGUUUUUUAAUUAUAUUUUGGUAUGACUUCCUAAAGUGCUAUUCAUAAGAGUGCUACACAGAAAUAAAUAAUUGUGCUCCUCUC